UUUACCAAGAAGUCGCGCGGAGUUUAGAUAUUGUACACAUAUCUGUGGCGGGAGAGGUUGACCAGAGCAGGUUUUAAUAACCUAUGUCGUUGUUUUAGUGGUUAAAAUAGUGUCCAAAUAAAGUAGGACAGCAGAAAGAGUUGUGACAGUGAAGGUCUUUGCUGGAGGACAAAGAUGGACGACUUCGGAGUUUAUGCAGCGUUUGGAGUAAACGGUCCGCCUCAGAGGCUGCUGAGUGCUGACGGUUCCAGCCGAGUGUCUGUUGCAGUCCCCCCAUGUGUCCGCCAGGUGGUGCUGUUCAGCAGCGGGCCGUGGGGGGAGAGGAUCUGCGUCAACGCGGAGCUCAACGAUGCUGACCGGAUCCCCAUCACUAUCGGAAAACUGACUCCAUAUAACAAGUGCCUGUCCUGGGAGCAGUGGGAAGAGGAGACAUGGACAGACAGCGUCACACUGAAUGUCACUCUGGAAGGAGGAAACCUGGUAAAAGCAGAUUGGUCAGAGCCUGAGCUCAUCCUGGCUGUGAAGGAAUACACACCUAAGGACACCGUGGCUCCGCUUGCGGCCCGCGAGCUCAAUGGCAAGAGGAAGAGGGAGCGGGUGUCAGAGGGAGACGGCGACGAGAAUAAGGUGACGAAGAGAGGGGAAGAUGAGAACGUGUGUCCAAAUGGCGCCGUGGAGAAGACCACACCUGUGCGAAAGGCCAGAGGUCAAACCAAAGGUGGCCAGAAGCUGUUCAGUGGUGGAGGAGAUGCAACAAAGAUGAAGGGAGCAGGCGAGAGAGGCAGCGUGCUGUCUAAUGGAGCAGGCGAGGCGCCGGGGAUUGUGGGAAGAACGCCUCCUCAGAACGCAGCCAGGACGAAGAGUAGGCAGGCCAAGACUCCCACACACACCGCCCCUCUGGUCAGCCCGUCAGGCCGCUGGGGUCAGACUCUGUGUCCCAUCGAUGCUCAGACUGCUAUUCUGAUUGGAGGGCAGGGAGCCAGGAUGCAGUUCUGCAAAGACCCCAUGUGGAAGCUCUGCACAGAGGACAUGUCCUGGGUUGCAGCAGAGACUCUGGCAGAGGGUCCAACACCCGAGGCUAGGAUUGGCCACACGGUCGUCUACGACCCAGACUCAAAGCGGAUCUUCGUGUUUGGAGGCUCUAAGAACAAGAAGUGGUUCAACGACGUUCACAUCCUUGACACACAGAGCUGGAAGUGGACCAUGGUGGAGGCUCAAGGGAAAGUUCCUCCUUUGGCCUACCACAGCUGCAGUAUGUUUCGAGGGGAGCUGUUUGUGCUGGGAGGAGUGUUUCCUCGUCCAAACCCGGAGCCAGACGGCUGCAGUGACUCGCUGUAUAUCUUCGAUCCCCACCUCUCCAUCUGGUACCAGCCUAUUGUAACCGGCGACACCCCCUCCCCCCGCUCAGGUCACUCUGCGUGUGUGAUGCAGGAGAGGAAGAUCUAUGUGUUUGGUGGAUGGGACACUCCUGUCUGCUACAAUGACAUGUACAUGCUGGACCUUGGUCUGAUGGAGUUUUCUGCUGUAAAAACAACUGGGAAAGCCCCCUCUCCUCGAAGCUGGCAUGGCAGUGCCGUGCUCUCAGACACAAAGUUCCUGAUCCACGGAGGUUACAACGGAAACAACGCUCUCAGCGACACUUUCGUCUUUGACAUAGACACCAACAGCUGGACGGAGGUGACGCUCCCGCAGCUCUCUGUCCCCAGGGCGGGGCACUCCAUCAUCACAAUGAAGACAGCCGGACACCACCGUUUCUCAGAGGAGGACGAAGAUGUUGACACAAGCUCCGUCAGCCGAACUCUGCUGGUGUUCGGAGGCGGAGACAAUGAGGGCAACUUCUUCUCCGACCUGACGACGCUCUCUGUGGAGGAGCUGCUCCAGGCUAUUUGAAGCGAGUGAGUCAGAGGAUAGAGACGACUUUCAUGGUGAACGUUGCCACGGAAUUGUUCAAACCACAGAUUGUGAACAGCAUGGAAGCGGAGGGAGUCCUGCAGCCGCGAGGUGACUGUGGCCUCCUUUACCUCAGCAGAGGCAGGAGAACCCCGAUAAAGAUGGAGCAAUCCCGGGAAAUGACAUAAGCACCCGCAGAAAACCGAUAGAGCCUGUUACACUGGCUGCUUGGUCGAGGCGAACAAGUCACCAUCAAAACGCAUCCUUGCUAGAGAAUUUAAGACUUUUGUGCUUUUUUUUUCUUUGUGUCUUACUAAAAAACAGAAAAUCAGUUUCCACAUGUCCCUUUAAGACGUGUGGAUAUGUGCCUUUUCCUACUUGAUUCUUUCAUUGCAAGAUAAUAAAUAAUGCAGUAUACUUAAUGGGAUUAAUGUUCUCUUAAUACCAAAGUACAUGUUGUUGCACUUAACUGGGAUUGUAGCACAGCCUGUGCAGAUUCAGCCUAUUUUUGGACUUCUUUAGUAGUUUUGCCCACGCUGUGAGUCAGUACUAAAUAGCCAGGUUAAGGAAGGACUGUUGCCCUUUCAGUCUGUUCGGCCAUUAAUUAGGCAAAAGAAAGAUUUUCCCUCUUUUACACUGACUAACUUUAUUUUGUUAGUACUUUGUUCGUGUACUCUACUCUCCUCUGCUUCCCCUGCUUGUCUCGUCUGCUAUAAUCAUGUCUGGUUCGUCUUGUUUCACUGUGUUACCGUGUAAAUGUCUGUCAGCAAGUGCUCCUUACUAACGAUACACAUUAUGGGUUGGAGAUGUUGUGCAGUCGUGGUUCCUGCCUCUUUUGUUUUUUGUUUUUUUUGUCUGACUAACCUUUACAGUACUUAAAUCAUUUAACGCUGUUAUCAUACAAAGUUUAUUAUCUCUGUGUUUGGACUUUU